AUGCCGCAGUCCGUAGCACCUUUGGCAUCUAAGAAGUUAACCGGCCCAGGCCCCCCUUAUGGAAAGAUGUUACCGGCCACUCGCCGUAAACCCGAUUCAGAUCCCGCGCCCGUCGGGGACGACGCCCAGAAGAAAUUUGGGAACGCGAAAGCCAUUUCUUCAGACAUGUACUUUGGGAAACAAGACAGUGCGGAUUACGAGGCGAGGUCCCGGCUGGAUCGACUCUCAGGAAACACGUCCAUCAGCUCCGCCGACCUGUUCGAUGACCACAAGAAGGAGCCGUCAGCAAACUACAACCUGUCGAACGUUCUGCCUUCAGCCCCAGACAUGGCCAACUUCAAACAAGGAGUUAAAUCCGUAGCGGGGCGGCUUUCUGUUCUGGCCAAUGGCGUAAUGACAACUAUUCAGGACCGAUAUGGAUCUUAACCCCUCCCCCCCCCCCCCCCCACGUUGAAGUAGAAUUUGGCGCAUAACCAGGGACACGCGUACUGUGCCCCCUCCAGCAAGGAGGCGUAAAGGAAACGAUUCACACCUCAAUGUCCCUGCAUGGGAGGAAGGGAAACCCCCUACACAUUCAUUGUGCCUUUAAAAUAAUUGAAUGCAAUGCAUUGUGGGAAGUCUGCGCUUUUUUUUUUUUUUUUUUUUUUUU